AUGUGGACCUCGCAGGAGAAUUUUUCUUCAGUUUUACAAUCAGUAACAGAUGAUCUCCGUCGUCAAGUGUCGGAGAUCCAGACCCAGGCCCCUAGCUGGGUACCUAGGCUGGCUAUCGUCCAGGUAGGAAACCGGGAAGACUCCAACGUCUAUAUCCGCAUGAAGCUGCAAGCUGCCAAGAACAUCGGCAUCCAUGCUGAGCAUAUCCUACUGCCCAGUGACAUUACCGAGUUUGAGCUCCUGGACAAGAUCAAGUCACUGAACGAGUCCCCGGAGGUGCACGGCAUCAUUGUCCAGUUGCCUCUGGAUUCCGUGCAUACAAUCGACACCCAUAAGGUCACCGACGCCGUCUCACCAGACAAGGAUGUCGACGGACUGAACACCAUCAAUGAGGGUCGCGCAGCUGUGGGCGACUUGUCCGCAUUUAUCCCGUGCACACCAGCGGGCGUUUUGGAACUGAUUAAGCAAACCGGCGUGCCUAUCUCUGGAAAGAACGCAGUGGUGCUUGGUCGCAGUCGUAUUGUUGGCACUCCCGUUUCUGAACUCUUGAAGUGGGAGCAUGCUACAGUCACCAUCUGUCAUUCGAAGACCAAGAAUUUGAACGAAAUUACAAAAACAGCGGACAUUCUAGUGGUGGCCAUCGGACGUGCUGAGAUGGUCAAAGGGUCUUGGAUCAAGCCUGGUGCUGUUGUCAUUGAUUGCGGCAUUAACCCUAUCCCUGACGCGACAAAGCAAAGCGGCCAACGUCUGGUGGGCGACGUCGCCUUCCAGGAGGCACUGGAAGUCGCGUCUCAUGUGACGCCAGUGCCGGGCGGCGUGGGGCCUAUGACCGUGGCGAUGCUAAUGCGGAACACCGUAAUGGCUGUGCGCCGCCAGCUAGACCGUCUACUCGCGCCGGCCUGGCCGCUCAAACCGCUCAGGAUCCAUGUACUCUCUCCGCCACCCUGUGACAUAGUAAUAGCGCGUGGUCAAAGGCCGAAGGACAUUGCAGUGCUGGCAGAAGAGAUCGGUUUAUACUCGAGUGAAGUGGCACAGUACGGGAAGACAAAGGCGAAGAUCGCGCUCUCUGUGCUCGAUAGGUUGAAAGACAUGCGCUCUGGGAAAUACAUCGUGGUUGCUGGAAUAACUCCCACUCCGCUGGGUGAAGGCAAGAGCACGACACUAAUAGGCCUGGUGCAGGCAUUGUCGGCGCAUCGCGGACGUAACGCGUUCGCCGUGAUGCGUCAGCCCAGUCAGGGACCCACCUUCGGCGUCAAGGGCGGCGCCGCAGGUGGCGGGUACUCGCAGGUCAUUCCCAUGGAAGAUUUCAACCUGCAUCUUACUGGCGAUAUUCACGCCGUGUCAGCAGCCAACAAUUUACUGGCUGCUCAAAUGGACGCACGUAUCUUCCACGAGCUUACCCAAAAAGAUGGUCCAUUGUACGAUAGACUGGUGCCGAAGAUCAAAGGCGUCAGGAAGUUCUCACCUAUUCAAUUGAGGAGGCUUCAGAAACUUGGAAUUAACAAGACAGACCCUGAUUCGCUGACUACAGAAGAGAGACCCAAGUUUGCCAGAUUGAACAUUGAUACUAAUAAAAUUAUGUGGAACAGAGUGGUAGACCUCAACGACAGAUACCUUCGCAAGAUUACAAUAGGCCAAUCCCCAACCGAGAAAGGAUUUACGCGGCAGACGCAGUUCGACAUCUCCGUAGCCUCGGAGAUUAUGGCCAUCCUAGCGUUGGGAAAAGACGUUGAUGACAUCAAGGAACGACUGGCGAACAUGGUUGUGGCUCUGGAUACCAGCGGCAAUGCAGUUACUGCUGAUGAUUUGGGUGUAACAGGGGCCCUGAUGGUACUCUUAAAGGACGCUUUUGAGCCAACGCUAAUGCAGACGUUAGAAGGCACACCAGUGCUCGUUCACACCGGGCCUUUCGCCAAUAUCGCGCACGGUUGCUCAUCCAUUCUUGCUGAUAAAAUCGCUAUGAAGCUUGCUAAAGAGAAUGGAUAUGUUGCCACUGAAGCUGGCUUCGGUUCUGAUAUUGGUAUGGAGAAAUUCUUCGAUAUCAAAUGCCGGGCAAGUGGGGAUCAGCCCCACUGCGCGGUGAUAGUGGCAACUGUGCGGGCGCUGAAGAUGCACGGCGGCGGGCCGCCGGUGACGCCCGGCAUGCCACUCCAUGACGUCUAUGUACAAGAGAAUUUGGAGCUUUUGAGCAAGGGCCUGUGCAACCUGGGCAAACAUAUCAGCAAUGGGAACAAAUUCCACGUUCCUGUCGUCGUCGCUGUCAACAGACAUGAAAACGAUUCAGAAGCAGAGUUGAACUUAGUAAAAAAGUUUGCUGCGGAAAACGGAGCGUUCCGCGCCGUGAUCUGCGACCACUGGGCUAAAGGCGGCGUAGGCGCGCUGGACCUGGCGGACGCCGUCAUCGCGGCCUGCGAAACGCCCAGUCGCUUCGAUUUCCUCUACCCUCUGAACCUAUCCAUUGAAGACAAGAUACAGCUGAUCGCUAGAGAGAUGUAUGGGGCUGGAAAAGUCGAGUACACUGAUGAAGUUUUGCAAACAAUCAAGGACUUCACCAAGAAGGGCUACGAUAAGUUCCCGAUCUGUAUGGCCAAGACUUCCAACUCUCUAACAGGAGAUCCGUCCGUCAAAGGUGCUCCGACUGGCUUUACUCUCCACAUCAGCGGCAUAUUCGUUUCCGUGGGGGCAGGCUUCGUCGUCCCAAUGGUAGGAGAGAUCUCCAAGAUGCCUGGCCUUCCAACCCGACCCAGUAUCUACGACAUUGACUUGAACACCAAGACUGGUGAAAUUGAUGGACUGUUCUAAUUCUAAAUGUUAUGUUACAAUUUUUGUUAUUUUGAAUUUUUAAUCCUGUGUAAUGAAUUAAAUUUUUUAUA